AUGCCUUCAAUCAACUUCAUUAGAGAAACUGGGCAAACAUUGUCAAUUUGCCGUAAAAAUACUGAUGAUCUGAUCCUUGGAGUAGGCUCGAAAUGCGAUCGAUCGACGGAGGAAGCGAACGGAGCUCGCGUGAAGGAUUUCGCGAUCGACGGAGGGAGGUCGCGUGGAGGAAUCGUGCAGUAUAAUCGCCGCUUUGCGAACCGGGCAAUGGCAACGGGCUCCGUCCAACCUUUGCCUCCGGCUCUGCCGCCGCCAGCACCGCCUCAGCCAAUCACGGCGCCUUAUGGCUUUUUCGGCUCAUGCACGAGCCUCCGCGGCGGCUUCACAGGGGACGGCGGCGCAGGUCCCACCGCCCGGCCCUCCCCUGAGACACCCGGUCCAGGCCUCGACCCUGUCCUCGUCCGAUCAUUCCCCACCUUCGCCUACUCGACCGUCGAGGGCUUCCAGAAGGAAAAGUAUGGGCUCGAGUGCGCUAUCUGCCUCGUCGAGUUCCAAGGCGAUGACGUGCUCCGGCUGUUGACCACGUGCUACCAUGUGUUCCAUGAGGAAUGCGUGGACCUUUGGCUCGGGGGCCACCGUACGUGCCCCGUGUGCCGACGGAACCUCGACUCCCCUGGGACCCAGUCGCCCGUAAUGUCCCCAAGCCGCGGUGACGAGGCGACGGGGGUGGGGUCCGAAAGCUAUACUAUUACGAUUAAGGAGGGAGACGAAGAGGACAAGGGAGAAAGUGGUGACGUAAAAAAGACCGUGAGGUCGCACUCGACGGGGCAUUCGUUGGGCGCGGAUCUAGAUAGAUAUACUCUAGUGCUGCCGGAGCACGUGAGGUUGAGCAUCAUUAGGGGUCAUCACAAUCCAAGCCAUAGUUGGCCUACGUUCGAGAAUUCGAACGACACUAGAGAUAGUAAUGGUGUCGGUGAUCGGAUUCCGACAAGGUUAGACGGUGGAGAUGGAGGAGAAAACAAAGAAUAGAUUUUCCAAACGGAUUCUUUUUUGGAUUCUUUGAUUAUGCAUUGCUUCCCCUUCUAAUUCUAUGCACGAAGAAAAAUGAAUUGCAGAGGAGAUGAAAUCGCAUUAAGUUAAGGAUGGUGUAUUCAAUCAAAA